GCUACGAAACGGUCGUGGCAGUUUUUGGCUACGGAACGGUACAUUAGCUCGCGCCUUUGCAGUAACUCGCUCGCAUACGCAACAUACGGUACGGUGCAAACAAACAAGUGUCUGGCCGCUGGUCUGGCGGGUACGAUCAUUUAGUGUGUGUACUGUUUUGAUUUUCGCGAAGGCCCACCGUCAACGCCACCGUCUCGCUAAUUGAAUUCUCACAUUCAUGGUGUUCGGUUUGCCAGGUGCAGAAAUCACCACCACCUGAAACUGAAACGCUUGGAGCAAACUGGAUCGUGCAGUAUGGAGCAGCUAGAGCGAGAGAUCCGCAAAGAGAUAGACGAGAUGAACACGAGCGUGUCGUUGGUGGAUCGGCUCGAGGCAGGCGACACAAUGGAUGACGACCGGCGUGACGAGCUGCUGUCGUCUACGCGGGCCGUCUUCGAGAACGUGAAUCCAAACAAUGUGAAAAACAGUCUCACCGAUUCACAGAUAUCGAUUAUCUCCAAGCAUGAUGGGUAUCCGGAUUCGGGCCACUUUUACAGCACACCAUUAAGCGGUGGCAAGGACUUGGUCGGUGGUGUUGUUGGUGAUGGUACCGAGCAGACAUUCAAGACAGCGGAAACAUCUUCUCCGAACGGAACGAAUCAAACCGGGGCUGACAAGGCCAUGAAUGGGGGUGGAAUGGUACCCAACAAGUCACCUCCAGAUGUGACGGGACGUACCGGACGCACCGGUAGCAAACUGGACAAGAAGACCAAAUGCCGACAGAGCCAGCGGGACCAAAAAGUGCCGACACUCUCACAGCAGGACGUAACUACCAAAAAUCCACAACCGAAUGCUUCGCUGGCAAAUCUACUCUAUUCACCGGGGUGUGGCGUACCGAAGCGCAAACGACUCCCGUCGACGGUUAUUCUUGGUCUGAUACAGCUGCUGCUGAGCGUAACGCUGGCCGCACUCGGUGGACUCGUCAUCGCCCGGAACGCAUCGCUAGCAAUGGCCGGUACUGGGUUGUGGUGCGGUGCGAUUGCAGGUAUUGCCGGAUCACUCGGUUUGAUGAACGUGAAGAUGGCGAAAACUGGCUUUCUGGCGGUGAAUCUUAUCUGCGUCGCGUCCAGCACGCUUGGGCUCGCACUCACCGGUAUCGGUGCGGUACGGGACGCUAACCUAGCCCAACAGGAUGAGCUUAUCUGGGGUGCUGUCACAGCCGGAACCGGGCUGCUGGUAACGCUAGCGGUACACUUCCUAAUCAGCGUCUUCUCCGUGUACUAUUCAGCGCUCAAACUCUGCUCAAGACCAACACAAAAGCUACAGAUGAUCGAUAAUGUAAUGCACAGCAACUCGCAAGCGUUUAUGACGCAGCAGAAGGUGGAGGACUACAUCAACUCGCUGCACGUGGAACCGGGCGUUAAGGAUAUGAUGUACCAGACAAUGCUCAAACGAAGCUACGGUUCGAUGUACGGUGAAAAGCAUCGUGGAGACAAUUACAGUACCGGCACCUCACAGCGCGUAAUGCUGGUUCCGGCGGGAGCGGGAAAUGGGCUCCCACCGAUGAUGCCGAUGUACCCACCGGUACAGACAUCGCCCGGUAAUUCACCAAUGAUGUACCCACCGAAUCUGAUGCCGCCCGGUGUACCGCAAUACCAACCGUACCCGGAAAGCGCACUGAUGGAAGCACAAAUUAGUCGGGCAAACCGGAAACGUUCGACGAUGCGGAUGAACAACGAACGCAACAGUGCUGAAAUGGAACGACCGCGGCGAAAGUCCGACUCCGAUCUGGAGAAAACGUUUACGUACACCGGACUGGACCGGGACAUUGCGGACAGCUAUCUGGCAAAGGAGGAAGAGAAGCUAACCGGCAGCAUCGUCAGCAACAGUGGGAUGCAUGUAACGCCUCCCCACACUUAUCAUCACGAUCUGAUGCUGAUCGACCAUCGUACGCAUUUCGAGCGAUACAACGACAUCCACAUGUGAGGGAGUCGCCGGGAGACAAACCAAUUUCAUUCUAUAGAAAUAGGAAAGGGGCCUAACAUACCCACUGCUCAAGAAGAAUUUAGUCGCUAGAACAUUGUUAUACAUUGUAAAUGUGUUUUUGUAUAGUAUUUGUAUAAACUAUUUUUUACUGUUUUCAGUGCAUGUUUUUGGUAUUAAGAGAGGAGCUUUGAAUGAUGCGCAACUGCAGAGGAAAUAAAACACGAAAUAUAUUCGAGCUCGUCGCUCUAGAAAUCCUCA